AGUUCAGUGGCAACGUUUAGGCCCCUGGGAUCUUAUUCCGUGCAGAAAUGGGCAGCAAUUUUUUGAGGAGCUUCAGUAGGUGGAGCAGCCUCCGAGUGAACGAGACAAGAUUGUUCAUCGCCCAUGUCGGAAUUUUCACGGCCGAAGCUCAAUGCGUCUCAAAACAGCAACAGUGGCGAGCCUAUGCUCGCUUUCCUACUCAACUCAGCAAAACCAGAGGUCCCAACACGUCAUCAUCGCCUUCGUCUUCGUCUUCAUCCCAUUCUUCUUAUACAAAGGCUGCUUUUGUGGGAUGGUAUUUGGGCAAGCUUGAAUCUUGGCCGCUUAUCACGAAAUGCAUCUCAUCUUCUCUUAUUUAUACAGCUGCAGACUUGACUUCCCAAAUGAUUACUCUACCACCUUCAGCUUCUUUUGACAAAGUAAGGACAUUCCGCAUGGCUGCAUACGGCUUGCUAAUUUUAGGGCCAAGUCAGCAUCUGUGGUUUAAUUUUUUGUCAAAGAUUUUACCAGAGCGUGAUAUGCUGACAACCUUGAAGAAAAUUUUCAUGGGACAAGCUAUUUAUGGACCUUCAAUCGCCACUGUUUUCUUCUCCUAUAAUGCUGGUUUACAAGGUGAAAGUGGUCAAGAGAUUGUUGCAAGAUUGAAGCGUGAUUUGCUGCCAACAUUAAAAAACGGUGUUUUGUUCUGGCCGAUCUGCGAUUUUGUUACAUUCAAAUUUGUACCUGUUCAUCUACAGCCAUUGGUGAACAGUUCCUGUUCAUAUGUAUGGACAAUUUACUUGACAUACAUGGCGGGCUUAAAAAAAGCAAGCACAAAUCAGUGUUAGGGUUUUGACUUCUGCUCAUGUAGAGUGAUACCCAUCAUCAGUUACCAAGGGAAGAGAAGAAGUUUUGUUGGUCACAGUCACACUAUUCAGGUUUAAAUUUGCCAAAAUUGCAUGCCCACUUUCAUUGUUCAAAUUCUUGUAGUUCUACAGAAUUAUGUUUUUUUUUUUUUUUUUUUUUUUUAACUUGUUUAACAUUUCUGUACGCAAUUCUUUUUACUGCCCUUGAAAUUGAAAUUAGUUGGCUGUAGA